AUGGAGGGGCCCCAGAGUCCCACCCUCUUUUCCUUGGUGAUGUUGUUUCCACUGCUGCUGUCUCCGUGGCACACAGCCGCCCAGCGCUGCCCAUGGAUCUGCACCUGCGACAACUCCAGGUGGCAUGUUGCCUGCCGGGACCAGAACCUCACAGAAGUGCCAGACACCAUCCCCGAGCUGACCCAGCGGCUUGACCUCCAGGACAACGUGCUGAAGGUGAUCCCUCCAGCUGCCUUCCAGGCCCUGCCCCACCUGACACACCUGGACCUGCGGCGCUGUCAGGUGGAGCAGGUGGCCGAGGGUGCCUUCCGUGGCCUGGGCCGCCUGCUCUUCCUCAACCUGGCCUCCAACCACCUGCGUGCGCUGCCCCAGGAGGCCCUGGACGGGCUGGGCUCGCUGCAGCGGCUGGAGCUGGAAGGGAAUCUGCUGGAAGAACUGCGCCCAGGGACGUUCGGGGCCUUGGGUGCGCUGUCCACGCUGAACCUGGCCCACAACGCCCUGGUCUACCUGCCGGCCAUGGCCUUCCAAGGGCUGCUGCGGGCUCGCUGGCUGCAGCUGUCCCACAACGCGCUCAGCGUGCUGGCCCCCGAGGCCCUGGCCGGCCUGCCGGCCCUCCGCCGCCUCAGCCUGCACCACAACGAGCUGCAGGCGCUGCCUGGGCCCGCCCUGUCCCAGGCCCGGGGCCUGGUGCGCCUGGAGCUGGGCCACAACCCACUCACCUACGCAGGCGAGGAGGACGAGCUGGCGCUGCCCGGCCUGCGGGAGCUGCUGCUGGACCACGCGGCGCUGCAGGCCCUGGGCCCACGGGCCUUCGCGCGCUGCCCCCGCCUGUACACCCUGGACCUCCGCGGGCUGCGCUGCGCGGGUCCCGGCGCCCAGGAGGAAGAGGAGGAGGAGGAGGAGCAGGCCGCACAGCCCCGCGCCCCUACGCGCGCCCCGCAGGAUGGGGAGGGGGCCCAGCCGUGUCCGCCCACCUGCGCCUGCGCCCUGACGCCCCCGCACAGCACCUGCGAGGCUCGGGGGCUCGAGGCGGUGCCCCGCGGCUUCCCCAAUGACACCCAACUCCUGGAUCUGCGGGGGAACCGCUUCUCCGUGGUGCCCAGGGCGGCCUUCCCGGGCCUGGGCCACCUGGUGUCCCUGUACCUGCAGCGCUGCCACAUCGCCGAGCUGGAGGGCGGGGCGCUGGCGGGGCUGGGCCGCCUGGUUUACCUCUACCUCUCUGACAACCAGCUCUCAGGCCUCAGCGCGAGCGCCCUCGAAGGGGCGCCCCGCCUCGGGUACCUGUACCUGGAGCGCAACCGCUUUGUGCAGGUGCCAGGGGUGGCCCUGGGCGCGCUGCCCGGCCUCGUGUCCCUCCACCUGCAGGACAACGCCGUGGAGCGCCUGGCGCCCGGGGACCUGGCUGGGGCGCGGGCCCUGCGCUGGCUCCAUCUGAGCGGGAACCACAUCACGCACGUGUCCCUGGGCGCCCUGGGCCCGGUCAGGGAGCUGGAGAAGCUGCACCUGGACGGGAACCAGCUGCGAGAAGUGCCCACCGGGGCCCUGGCGGGGCUGCCCAGCCUGGUGGAGCUGCGGCUCGCGGGGAACCCGCUCAGGACACUCCAUGACGGGGUCUUCCAGACCGUGGCCCGCUCUCUGCAGCACCUGUUCCUGAAUGGCAGUCGCCUGGAGCAGGUUUCUCCCCAUGCUUUUGAGGGUCUGGGGCCCCGGCUCCAGAGUCUGCACCUGCAGGAGAACCAGCUGCAGAGCCUGCCUGCCCUGCCUUCCCUCACGGGGCUCGAGCACAUUGACCUCAGUGGCAACCCCUUCCGCUGUGACUGCCAGCUGCUUCCGCUGCACAGGUGGCUCGCUGGCAUGAACCUGUGGGUGGGGGCGACCUGUGCGGUGCCCCCCAGUGCCCGAGGCCAGAGGGUGAAGGCUGCGGUGGCCACCUUUGAAGCUUGCCCGGGCUGGACGGCCAGGAAGGCCAAGUGGAUGCCAGCACGCCGGCCCAGAGCCAGCAGGGCCCCCAGCAACGAGGGACACUGA